UGCCAUUCUUUGUUCAAAAGAAUGUCACCGUGAUGAGUAGACCCAGAAAGGAUCUUUCACAAACUCAAAAAGAGCUAAACGACAUAAUAGCCAAUCCAUCCCAAGAACAAUUUACAAGUUUCCUCAAAUCUUUACCAAUGACUGCAUCGACUAGUGCAACCCACCAAACAACACCCGAUGAAAUCAUAACUGCCUUAAACUCCUCCACAACUACAGAAUCACAAGUAUACCAAUUAAUCAACCAAUUACCACCUAUCAAAUACAUCAGUUUCUACGAGAAUGAAAAGCCGCCAUAUAUAGGAACAUGGUGUUCAACCAAGCACAAGUCUCAACAAGCAUCUAUAAUAGCCAAUCCAUUAAAUUCGGAACUUACUGGGUUUGAUUAUGACUAUGAUUCCGAUUUGGAAUGGAACAAAGACGACGAAGACGGAGAAGAUUUGGAUGAUGAUGUUGAUGAUGACGAGGAUGAUCUGAUGUUGAUUCCUGAUGAAGAAGACGAUGAGUUUGUCGAGAAUGAUGGGAUUAGAAAGAAGAAGUUUAUCUCGUUACUGAUCAUUAACAAAUGGAACAACGAUGAGAAUAAGCUGUUCUUUCAAGAUUUUUCUGUUGUGGUCAUGACUGAAGGCGUCCAAGUGCCUGUUGAAGGACCGAUUGACCCAUUUUGCAACUACUGGAAAGGUGAAGAAGUUGUAAUGGCAGCAGCUGAUGAAAGUAAUGCCACAUUGAAUGAACAGGUGCAAGCCGUUGCUCUAAGUACACCAGUCAAGAACACAAUGGCAAAUCCAAAUAUACUAACUCCAUCCAAGAAGACGAUAACCGACCCAAUAAUACUUAAGCUGCUCAUUCAAUUCCUUGAAAAGAAUAAUGAUUUUACUAUAGGGACGUUAGUUGAGUUAUCUAAAAAGGAAUUCAAACAAUUCACUAAAGCGUUGUUGAAGAAUACUAUACAAGAUAUUGCUUGCUAUAAUAAGAAAACUUCAAUAUGGGAAAUUAAACAAGAGAUCAAGACUAGAUAUGAAUAAUUAGGAAAGUAUAUAGCUAACAUAAAUUAAUGCCGCGGCUUUCCUGUAUAUAGCACCCUAGAUAUAUUGUAGAACAAUUUUAAACGCGCCACGCGAUAGCAUACGGUUAUAUCUAACAGCCAAGAACUCGAUGUCAGACAGUGAACCAGGUGGUGGAAGUCUUUAUUUCAAUUCUACCCAGAUGCAAAGUCGUUAUGAGGAUUUGGUGGAAGAAGAAACGAAGACGAAACUCGUCAAAUCAAAAUUAAAUCCAUUCAAGAACGACAUCGAUAAACCAAUACUAAGCACCAAGAAAUCUAUUGCAAAACCAAGAGCCAAGCCUAAACUGAGGAAACAACCGAAGAAGAACGUAUCCUUGAAUGCACAUGUUCGACAAUCAUUCGAGAAUAAUGCUGACAAGUUCUCUUAUUUCGCUGGAAAUCAAAGUAAACUUGAUGAUUUCAUAAAACGAAUAACCAGAGCAGAAGACGUGGAGCAUUUGACUCAUAAGAGCAACACUAAAUUGUGGACUCCUUCUGAAUGGAAGUAUAUUGUUAAUCUGAUAAGACUAAAGUUUCCCGUAUUGCCGCGAGCAAGUAAGAUGACACUAAAGGCAAUCAAUAAACGGAUGAUGUUACAACUGAUGAAUGAGGAAAGUCAAGAAGAUGGCGGAAGUAUGUGGAGCCAAGCGUGUUCUCACCCGCUGACAGAGAUGUCCAACGAGGAUAUAAAAUCACUAUAUGAAUUAAACGAAGAACAAAUGAAUGGAAGCAGUUUUAUAGAAGAGGAACAUGAAGAAGUGAGUCCGUUCGUUAUGAGUUUGAAUGUCGACGAGAAAUUAAAGAGUGACUCCACAAUUCUGGAUUCUGAAUCAGAACCGGAAAUCAUACUGGAGCAUCGAAUAAAGAAGUUGUCUUCACCGGAGAUAGUAGAAGAAAAUCUCCAUAAAUCACUUGUACAAGUAUCUGAAAGCAUAUAUGAUAAUAAUCCUCACCAGCCUCCGCUAGAUCCAACAAUGUCAUUCCAAAGUUUUUCAUUUGCUAGACAAGAUCAAGUUUAUGAAGUUAUUGAAAGCGAUGUUGAAUCAGUAAAGUCCCCCAGUAAACCCAUAGCCUUGCUGUCCCCUACCAAGAUUAGCAAGACUACAUCACCUAUUGAAUCGCCGUUCACGACUCCUACAAUACUAACAAAGCAAAUACUAAAUAGCAGACCAACAAGUAUAUCCCGAAGAUCACCGAUCAAACUAAUAAAUCAAUCGUUUGAAAGUCCAAUACAGCAAGAAAUCAUCAUCUCUUCAGACGAAGAGUCAAUACAUUCCACAGCAAAAUCUAGCAUAACAACAGACAGUAAAGAUCUAUUUGUAGAGAGUCAAGAUAUGCCUGUUUCUUCCAUGCCUAUACCAAAAUCACAGAAGAGGAAAACAUUAACCACUACUCGCUUACAAAUAUCCAAUGCAUUAAUAGUUUCUGAUUAUGAAGAUAGCACCGUGAAAUUGAGAAAGAUAUCCGAGAACAAUCGAAUAAUUAUUGAUUUAGAUGCAGAAAUACCCGAUUCAGAAAGCCUGGAUGACGAUUUCAGUAUUAUUGAAAUAACACGAGAGGUGAAGCCGGAAGAAGGAGAGCCUAAUACGUCAGGACAAGAUGUUUCAGUGGUACAAGUGCCGUCAAGUCCAAUAACAACCACAGAGCAUCUGCUAACAGUGGCUACUAACAUUCCCUCAGAAAUAUCUUCACUUAAAGCUACAGAACUCAGCAAGAAGUUUAAAGCAUGGGGAUUGAAACCAGUUCAAGGCAAAUCUAAAAUGCUUGAGAUUUUGACUAAUAUAACGCAUUUUAUUGAUCCAAUAAAUCUAACUAAUCUCGAUACACAACAAACUUUCCAACAAAGCGUAUUCAUCAAACUCACCCAGCUAAUCCGGUCAGAUCAACUAUGGUAUGAUAGAAUACUUUCUUAUGAACCUAUCCGAAUAGAUGAACUCAAGCAGUGGUUGGCAACUCAAUCGUACAUUCUCGAACCCGACUUGUUACAGAUGUAUUGCGAUAAUCACUCGGUAACAACCACAAACUAGCGCUCUAUAUGUAUUUCUUGUAAUCGGGUUCGAUCUUAUCUUCGACUAAUUUAGCAUUAAUAUAUCUAAUUAACUUGGAACUUAUCCCAACGUUAGCAACGAGUGUACCUGGUCCGUAAACUAAAUUGUUAAGCAAGUUUCCAUAUGGUUGGUAAUACACGACCUUGAUGGCCCAUAUGAGAUGGUAUACAAGCAUGAGAAAAACCAAUACGGUGAGCAAUGUUAAUACCGAUGCAUUGAAUGCUCGUGAUUUGGAUAUUCUUUUAUCUGGAUGUGUAGAAGGUUGUGCCAUGUUGAGUGGUGGUGAACUUGUUAAUAGUAGUUUUAAGU